UUGCUUACGGGGAAUACCGCGACCCAGGAGUCGAAGCGGCGGUGGCAUAGGAGACGUUUGCAUAGGCACUGAUCGUCGAGCUGGUCCGAUGCUGGGCUCUGUACCUUGCGCGAUCUAUUAUGCGUGUCUCAACCAUGGCCCGUCGUCAUCUUCAGUGCUUUAAGGAGGAGCUCAGCCCGCCGGCGGCACAACGAUGAGCAUCGAGUACCUGCGCGAGUACGGAGACCUCAUGGAGCCGGGCGACUACGACGGCACCGCGAUGCCCGGACCUCCACCGCCACCGACCCGGGACGAGCGUCAGAGGGACCGUGACAGGGACCGACGGGGCGAACGGAACCGAGGCCGGGACUACCGCGGUCGCGACCGAGACCGGGACCGCGACCGAAUGCUGGAACGGGAGCGAAUGUUGGAGAGGGAGCGGAUGCUGGAACGCGAGCGUUUGAUGGACCGCGAGCGCUUGGUAGACCGCGAGCGUUUGAUGGACCGGGACCGCGUGUUGGACCGCGACUACUACGAUCGCCGUGACUACGAUACGUCGCCGGUCAACCGUGAAGUGGCGGCCCGUGAUGUGGACUACCGCGACCUAGAUGAACCGCCGGACCGGUACCCCCGCAGAAGAGACUACGACGACGUGGACCGUGAGCGGCCGAGGCGCCGCGAUCGUGACCGAGACCGGGACCGGCCGUAUCGUGACCAUUCGUGGGAUCGGGACCGCGGGCGGGACCGAGACCGCGACAGGGAUCGAGACCGGGACCGCAGCCGGGACCGUGAUCGCGUCCUAGAUCGCCGCGAUGAGAUUCCAAACAGCACCAUCAUGGUUAGGGGCAUGCCGGUGGACACGACGGACGCCGACCUUCGAAACGAAGUGGUUCGCUAUGGCCUUGAGCCUAAGGACAUCAGACUUAUGAAGCGCAAGGACACAGGUGGGCAUCUUUCUUCAUUUUUCUUUUCUCUAGUGUGCUACACAGCAGUUUUUUGUGACUAUGUAUUCAUGUAUGAUUGAGUUGUACUGUUUUGUUUUAGGAUCUCUGCAUUGUUUUUGUAAUAUGUUGUUCCGUUCUUUAUACGCUCAACUCAUUUUCUGAUAUGAUUGUUUACAUCUGCUCAUAGCAUUUGCAGAUAUUUCCUUCGACAAAAGAGAAAGUAAUUUAUGUGCACCUGAUGUUUUGUUGGUAUCACCGCUUUUCUUGUUAUGCAUUCCUUUACUUUCUGUAGGCAGAGUGUGGUUUUGCAGAGAAUGAUGCGUGAAAUGCACGUUUCUAGUUUUAGAGAUCAUGUCCGAACGAACAUUGACUAAUACCUGUGUAAAAGUAGCUAUCUGAUGUGAAGUUUAUUACAGCUAAACCUCGAUGUAACGAAUUAAAUAAUAUUGCAAAAUGUGGAACUAUACAGAGUCCACAUUACAACACAGUGGGGUGUCAGCAUGA